AUGGCUGAGUUGAAGUGGUUUAAGCCUCUUCUCUUCUUUGCUUUACUGUUUGUUAUUUGCUUCGUCUUCUAUCUUCCUGCAAACCUCAUGAUGAGGACCACAUUACAGUUUCUCGGACCUCAAUCUAAUGGAGAUCAAUGCAAUGAGCUAGCCACUGUGUUGAAGAGAGCUUCCAUGGUGAACAAGACUGUCAUAAUCACCACCAUGAAUAAAGCAUGGGCAGCUCCUGGUUCUGUUAUAGAUCUCUUCCUUGAGAGCUUCCGAAUCGGAGAAGGAACCAAAGUUCUCUUAAACCACAUUGUGAUUGUUGCAGUAGAUCACAAGGCAUUUAAUCGGUGCAAGUCCAUACACCCCCACUGUUACUACCUCGUUACCCCAGGAGUCGACUUUGCUGAUGAGAAAAGGUUCAUGAGUGAAGACUACCUCAAGCUUAUCUGGAGAAGGAUUGAUUUCUUGAGGACAGUUCUUGAAUUGGGCUAUAAUUUCGCAUUCACGGAUGCAGAUGUGAUGUGGCUCAGGGACCCAUUUCCCCAUUUCCAUUUCACUGCUGAAACUGAAAUUACAAUUGCCUGUGAUUAUUAUAAAGGUAAUCCAACAGACAAAAACAACAAAGCCAAUGGAGGAUUCAUCUUUGUUAAAUCAAAUUUGAAAUCAAUUGGGUUCUACAAGUACUGGUACAAGUCUAGGGUUUGGUAUCCCAAUUCUCAUGAUCAAUCUGUCUUUGAAAUGAUAAAAAAUGAUAAGAAUGUUACCACAACAGGGUUGCAGAUAAGGUAUUUGGACACUAACUGCUUUGGGGGAUUUUGUCAGCCAAGUAAGGAUAUGAACAAAGUGUGUACAAUGCAUGCAAACUGUUGUGUUGGCAUUGAGAAUAAGGUCCAUGACCUUAGACUUGUUCUUGAAGACUGGAAGAACUUCAUUGCACUGCCAACUGAGAAGAGAAGGUUAGUAGGGUCUUCUUCUCUUUGGAGGGCUCCAAGGGAAUGCAAGAUUAGGAGAAAAGUUCUUUCAAGGACAACUCUGUUAUAA